AUGCCCGAGACUCAGAAAAAAAGCAGCAACCUCUUCGACAACCCCACGUCCAAACUCACCCCCCUCGAAAAAUCCGAACUCCACCUCGCCGACAACUACAGCUCCCCAGACGUGUACAUCAACGGCGAAAGUGACACCCUCUGGCAUCCAUGGGUCAACAAUCUCGAAAUCAAGCCGUUGCGCUUUGAAACACGUACAGGAACAUUUGUUAUUGUUCUCCGCGCAAAGGAGGAUACAUGGCUGGGAAAGCAUCGACAUCGGGGGAGUGUGACUGCUGUUACGGUGAAGGGGGAGUGGAAUUAUAAAGAGUAUGACUGGAUCGCUCGGCCCGGGGACUAUGUAGUUGAAAACCCGGGGACGAUUCACACGCUGCAUAUGGGGAAGGGUGCGGAGGUGGUGUUUACCAUCACCGGGAGUCUGGAGUAUUUCCACGACGACGAUAGUUUGAAGAACACGAUGGACCUGUUCAGCUAUGCGCAUUUGUACUACGAGUAUUGCAGAGAACGGGGUAUCAAACCGAACGAUGGGUUGUGGUAUUAG